CAUCAGGACGAUUUAGAACAAUGGAAGGUAAUGGAUCCAUCGACAUGUUCUCAGAGGUCAUAGAGAACCAGUUCCUCCAGGCUGCUAAGCUCGUGGAAAGUCACUUGGACUCUGAAAUUCAGAAACUGGAUCAAAUCGGUGAAGAUGAGCUGGAACUCCUCAAAGAAAAGAGGCUGGCGGCACUCAGGAAGGCCCACCAACAGAAACAAGAAUGGCUUUCUAAAGGACAUGGGGAGUACAGAGAAAUUGCCAGUGAGAGAGACUUUUUUCAAGAAGUAAAGGAGAGUGAAAAAGUGGUUUGCCAUUUCUACAGAGACACCACAUUCAGGUGUAAAAUACUAGACAGACAUUUGGCAAUACUGGCCAAAAAACAUCUUGAAACCAAGUUUUUGAAGCUAAAUGUGGAAAAGGCACCAUUCCUCUGUGAGAGACUUCGGAUCAAAGUCAUCCCCACACUAGCACUCCUGAGAGACGGCAAGACGCAAGACUAUGUUGUCGGAUUCACCGACCUAGGAAAUACAGAUGACUUCAAUACGGAAACUUUAGAGUGGAGACUUGGUUGUUCUGAUGUUAUCAAUUACAGUGGAAAUUUAAUGGAGCCACCGUUUCAGAGCCAAAAGAAAUUUGGGACAAACUUCACAAAGCUGGAAAAGAAAACUAUCCAAGGAAAGAAAUACGAUUCAGAUUCUGAUGAUGACUAGACUGUGCCAUACUUGUAAACCACCUGUCUGUCUGUCUGUCUGUCUGCUUACUUCAAUGUUAAAUGUUGUUUCUAAAGUCACUUGAUUUAGGCCCAUUGACCAUCUAAUAUUUGAAUCCUAGCGUUUACACUACUUCACCAUAUGGAAGGGCAUCAUAAUUACUAUUUUGUCUUUGGCCACCGUGUGUAACUUGAGAAACAGGUAAUAUAAGUUAGCUGGAAAGGGUCUGGAUUCUCUAUUUUUGUGAUUGAGUUUAUCAUAACAUAAUUCUUCUAUCUUUAUACCACUCACACUUGUGUUUUUAAUCUACUGAAUUAGAAACAGAAAUUCAGCCACCUAUUCCAGGAUUUACUGAGUGCUGUCUAUGGAAAAGAUUGGGUGGCAUUUACUGGUGUACAUGCGCUUGUCAGUGAUUUCUCACGUCAUUGGUGGAAUGUGUUUCAGGAACCAUUAAAGAUUUGCCCAUGUAUUCUGGAUGCCGCAUGUUGAAUGUGCUGAUACCAGCAGAAAACUCAGAUUAUAAACACAUUGAUUGCCUUAUGUAAAGGAUCCUCAUUGCUCAUAUGCUGAGACAUGCACUAAAAAAUAACUAAGAGACAGUUCUUGAGUGGCAGCAUAUGGAACUCCAAUGGCUGCUCAGUGAAACAGUUUUACCAUAGGUAAAAGUUAUUUUUUAAAAGUGUGACUCUGGAAAUGACUGUAUUUGGUAAGAGCACACAGCAACACAAACAAAAAAAAAGAAGUCUUGAAGAAAGAUUGAUCUUCAGUGGCGAACAAAUUCUUAGGUUUGGUGCCCAGAAAUAAAUAAGUUUUGGUAAGAA